AUGAAUGAUCUAUUUGAAGAGGUAAAAGCAUUGGCUAUAAAGAAAAAUAGUAAAAGCGCAAAAUAUAUGAGCCCAUGGUUAAUUUUUAAGAGUAACAAAGUUAUUGAUAAUAAUUUGGAAAAAAAUGAGGAUACAAUUAUAAAUAUUUCGAACGAUUGUAAUAAAGAUUUAAUAGCUUAUGUUGAUACUGUUGAUAAAAUAAAACAAGAGAUAAAUAAAAUUCAUGAAAUUGCUGAUGAAAUAACAAAUUUAAAAAAUAAAAUGAGUAUAGCUACAACUGUAGAACAAGAAAAUGAGACAAGUAUAUUAUUAAAUAUGCAAAUAAAAAAUGGAAAUAACAUUAUUCAAACUACAAAAAUUGAUAUAAGAAAUAUACGAAAAAAAUUCUUAUUAAAAUCACAUGACAAUAUUAUUAUAAAAAAAACUAUACACGAUAACUUAAUUAAUGUAUUUAAAAAAGCUUUAUAUAAAUAUCAGUCAGUUCAAAGUGUGUAUCAAAAUAAUGUAAAGAACAAAAUAUCAAGACAAAUAAAAAUUAUGUAUCCAAAUUAUACUGAAGAAGAUAUUAAUAAUGUAUUAGAUAAUGAAAAUGUAAAUACACAAAAUUUAGUAAAAUGGAAAUUACAAGGACAUGAAGAUUUAAAAAAUGCAUUAAUGGAUGUAGAAACAAAAUAUAAAGAUGUUAAAACGUUAGAAAAAAAUGUGUGUGAUUUGCAUCAAACAAUUGUAGAAUUAUCAGCCUUGGUUGAAAUGAAUGAUGAUGUAAUUAAUAGUGUAUAUGAUAAUAUUGAUGAUGCUCAACAUUUUACUGAAAAAGCUAAUGCUGAUUUAAUUGAUGCAAAGAAUAUCCAAAAGUCUUCAUCAAAAUGGAUGUUUUAUAUAUCUAUUGCUAUCGUUGUUAUUGUAAUUUUUAUGCUCCUACCUAUUAUAGUAAAAAUUAUUUAA